UUUUCAAAUCUUCCAUUUCUUCGUUUCGAUCUUCAAAUUUGCUCUGUUGCAAUCGCUUCGUCGAUUCUUCGUCUCCGUGAAAUCUCUGUUCUUCGCUCUUCCAAGCUCAGUUGGGUUGCAGGUCUUGUGUUUAACAAGGAAUCCGGUUAUGCAGCUUGACUUGAAUUCUACUCCUUCAGAAGAGCUCUGUGACAGUAUUCAGAAUGUUCAAGUUCUUCAUGGGAGGACUAGCGGGCCUAUAAGGCGUUCUACGAAAGGACAGUGGACACCUGAAGAGGAUGAGAUCUUGCGGAGGGCAGUUGAGCGUUUUAAAGGAAAGAAUUGGAAAAAAAUAGCGGAGUGUUUCAAUGGUCGGACUGAUACGCAAUGCCUACAUAGAUGGCAGAAAGUCUUGAAUCCAAGAAUGGUCAAAGGUCCAUGGUCUAAAGAGGAGGAUGAUAUUAUUAUUGAGUGGGUGGAAAAAUAUGGCCCAAAAGAUUGGUGCAGUAUUGCACAGCAUUUACCUGGACGUAUUGGUAAGCAGUGUCGGGAAAGGUGGCAUAAUCAUCUUAAUCCUGCCAUAAAGAAAGACGCAUGGACACAGGCCGAGGAGUUUGCUCUGAUUCGUGCUCAUCAAAUUUACGGGAACCAAUGGGCAGAGAUAACGAGAUUCUUGCCUGGAAGGACAGACAAUGCCAUAAAAAAUCACUGGAACAAUUCUCUGAAGAAGAAGUUGGAUUCUGUGAAGAUGAAGUACUAUCCAUACUUGAAGUUGGGGCAAGGAUUUCCUCGUGAAUUGGUGGAGAGUCACGCUCUCGACUUUUGUGUCCUGCCGGAGAAGAAGGAUACAGAAAAUGUAAAAUCUUCCUCUAGUGCCAAAAGCUUCUCAAGUCCGACAUCUUAAUUGUUGAAGGGGUGCAGAUAAACAGGCUUUGAGAAGGUUGUCCUAGUUCUUGUUUUUGAGCCUCACGAGACCGAUGAUAAUUCCGGUGGUCGCCGGAAUUUGGAGCUUCACAAGAGUUAUCGAGUCAUCGGCACGAACCUGUUUUGGGAUCAAAAAUUUGUGCAAUACUCUAGAGAUUAUAUUAGGGAUUAUUAGCACAAUUGCUUGUUGAUAGUCUCUCUUAGCUAUAAAAUAAGCUUGUUAUUUGUUUAUUUAUUUUUUUUUGCUUCGUUUUAAAUAGUAAUAUAACAUCUAAAUUACAUAUUAAUA